UGGUGUUACUAGUUGGAGAGCUAUCAGACCAGAUUGAGAAAAUAGCCGUAGCUUUACCGUUAGUUUUUAAAGCAACAUUUUAGGUCCUGUUGAAAGUAGGCAUAGCUUAACACUUCACAAGAGAAAGAGAUUAUACAUUUAGUUUUUCAGCCAUGGCUCAACUUGAACUGGAAGCUGUAAUUGGCUUCAACGGUCAUGUGAUUUCUGGCCUGAGAGUCCAUCCAGACAGAGAGCAUCUGAUUUAUCCUCUGGGAUCCACAGUCAUUCUGAAGAGAAUCAAAGAUGGCAAGCAGGAGUUCCUGCAUGGACACACAAACAAUGUGUCCUGCAUUUCUGUGUCCAGAAGUGGAUUAUAUAUUGCUUCUGGACAAAUCAACUUCAUGGGCUUUAAGGCUACGAUAAUUAUCUGGGACUAUGCACAGCGAACAAUCUAUGCCCAGCUACUGCUCCACAAGGCAAAGGUAGAGGCACUGGCCUUCUCUCCCAACGACAAGUACCUGGUGUCCCUUGGGGGUCAGGAUGAUGGCAGCAUAGUGGUAUGGAAUAUUGAGACCAAGCAGGCCAUCUGUGGGAGCCCAGCUUCAGCUCACAGUGCCGGCCACUGCCUCGUGGUGCAGUACUCGAACACAAACGACAACAUCUUUGUUUCUGCUGGGAGUGGAACAUUGCGUGUCUGGGAGCUGGACCUCCCCAACAGAAAGAUCAGGCCCACAGAGUGUCAGACAGGCAAGCUGAAGAGGAUUGUGAAAUCUAUAGAGAUCCCAGAGGAUGAUCAGUUCUUUUUCUGUGGCACAACCAGUGGUGACAUAAUGAAAAUCAACCUGAAGACAGGGCUUCUGAGUGACUGUGGUCCAGCUAAAGCAAAGUACAGCCUGGGUGUCAAUGUCUUAAGGAUGCUUAAGUCUGGGAACCUGCUUGUAGGCUCUGGUUCUGGCACCUUCACUCUGUGUUCAAAGACUAACUUCAAAACUCUUAAGGAGGUACAGCUUGAAAAGGGGGUGACCUCCAUCGCUAUAAGAGGAGAGGGUCAGCAGUUCUUUGUUGGGACAGAGGCUGCUCAAAUGUACCGCUUCAGUUAUGACAACUUCAAAGCUGAACUCAUUUCCACCAGCCACAACAGUGCUGUCAAGGACGUAGCCAUAUGUUUUGGAACAUCUGAAUUAUUUGCAACCUGCUCUGUGGAGGACAUCAGGUUGUGGCACAUAGACAAGCCCAAAGAGCUGCUGCGCAUCACUGUACCCAAUAUGACCUGCAAUUCCCUGGACUUCAUGGUUGACGGACACAGCAUCAUCAGUGCAUGGAAUGAUGGUAAGAUUCGUGUGUUUGCGCCGGAGAGUGGCCGGCUCAUGGUCGUCAUUCACAACGCGCACAGAAUGGGUGUGACAGCCAUCGCUGGCACCAGGGACUGCAAGAGGAUUGUUAGUGGUGGGGGAGAGGGGCAGGUGCGUGUUUGGGAGCUGCAGCCACGUGGCCAUCGGCUGCUGGAGACCAUGAAGGAGCACAAAGCCACUGUCAACUGUAUCAAAAUCAAGAGUGACGACAAAGAGUGUGUCACUGCCAGCUCUGACGGUGCCUGCAUCAUCUGGGACAUAGUGCGGUUUGUGAGUCUUCAAAUGGUGAUUGCCAACACACUGUUCCGGACGGUGUGCUACCACCCAGAGGAAUACCAGAUCAUUACCAGUGGCACUGACAGAAAGGUCUCCUACUGGGAUGUGUUUGAUGGUUCUACCAUCAGAGAACUGGAGGGCUCGCUGUCUGGGGCCAUCAAUGGCAUGCACAUCUCCCAGGAUGGCAAACACUUUGUCACAGGUGGAGAUGACAAGCUGGUGAAGGUGUGGGACUACAUGGAAGGGGCAGUAACCCACAUAGGGAUAGCUCAUGGUGGCAGUAUUACCAGCAUCAAGAUCUGCUCCAACAACAAGACCCUAGUCAGCACCAGCGCAGAUGGAGCCAUUCUCCGAUGGAGGUUCCCCCACCCUCCUUCCUCUUAAUGUGACAUGUGGAGUCCUGGACACUAGAACCAACAGACAAGUUUAACUCAGUAACGCCACACACGUGCUCAAUUACAUCCAACAUUAUCCCGUAAUCUUUCCACUUAGCAAAUGUUCUUGUGAGAAUUAAACAAUCUUAACAUUGGUAUUGCAGAAUGGAUUUACACUCUGACCAAAGGAUAUACUGUAAAUGUGUUUUGAUUAAGCAUCAAUGGCUAUAUGAGGUCGUUUCCUUUUAGCAGUGCAGUCUCUUAAGUGGUAGUUCCCCACAGGAGCUGAUUAUAGGUGGGAAUUCACAGGGCGACACUUUACUUGAAUUUAAAAUUACACUUCAAGGCACAAGAAUGUAUUCUUCACAUCAAAGUGUCUGUGUUAUGCUUCUUUAGACAUUUUUAGAACAACAGAAUUAAUGCUGUACUUUCUCAGUGCAGAUGAAACCAGAAUAUAUAAAAACAAGGCUACAUUAUACAGCAGAUUAAAUGUACUAUGAUUCUUCUGUGUGCUACUGUAGAGAGGAGGAGGCCCAGUUUCUUAGCCGCUUAAGCACAUGGCUGCUGUCAGCUAAUCUAUCAACAGCGAGUCCCUAAAGGAUUCUUGUUAAAGAGGGAGGCAACAUACAACACAAAGCCUCUCUGACUCUGUCUCUGAUCUGAACCCUUUUCUCCUCACUAUUGUUCAAAAUGGCUCAUCUAAAUAAUUAAUAACUCACCCCUGCUUCCCUUCCCAAAAAAUAAAAUAAAAUGGCAAACCUGCAGUAUGAACCACAUCAGCAAAAACAUCCCAUGAUCAAUAAAAAAGAUUGUUCUUUGCCCUUCUCUACUCUGUUAUGAACAAAGGACAAAUUGUGGGUCAUUUUCAUAAUGAAGAAACACAAGAAGUCCCAUUUUGACAGACUUUGUCUGUGUGGAUGUUUCCUAACAAUGCAGGAGUAAGAGCAUUUGGGAGAUUAUGGAAAUAUUGGAUGGGACUAUCUAUUUCAAUAAAUCAGCACAUCUGGCCCACUAAAUCCAAUCUUUAGUACUGAUGAGCUGUGAAAUUAAGCUUCACGAUGAUUAGAAUCUGAAUAUAGCACUAAAGAUGCUGGAUCUGGAAAACCAGAACUGCACAUAGCUCGUCUGGCCGAAUAGUUCACUAACAUCAAUUUUACUUACAUUGUGGGGCUUCCAGGGGGUAGUAGCAGCAGCAGCAUUCAUGUGUGUGAAGAGGGUAGCCAGGCUAUUUAUAGGAUACUGGACAUGUGUCUGUAAACGUUGCCAUGUUAUAGACAAGGUAUUUCAAUAGCAGGUGAUGUGACGGUACAUCUCAAGUACAGCAGCGCUAUUCUGUAUUUAAGAAGUCCAUACUCUUACUAUGGAGUGAUGAUAUGCACCACUAAAAGGCACCUAGUAGCUGAUUUGUCUUCAUUUUUACAUUUUUAGGAUUGGGGUUGGAAAUAGAUUAAGUGUGAAGUUUUACAUGUAUGCUCCUAGUGGGAUCAUCCAACAAAUGCCGGUGAUGUUUUCUUUGACACCCUAUGAAGACGUUAAAUCAGGUGAGGUUGUAAUUGAUCCUACAGGGGGCAGUUCAAGGCUACAGUGCGUGACACCUGUUAAAGACAACUUCCUUGUUCCUUGCCUAAUAAACAAGCCCUUUUAAGUA